UUAACAAAAAGAAAGAAAGAGAGAAAGAGAAAGAGAAAGGUGGCGUUUGAUACCGAAUUAAUCACCAAUCUACCACUUACCGAGUUAAGCCAUGGAAAUGUUCCUAGAUUACCCUCUUCAUCGUCGCAUCCUCUGACCCACCUGCUGCUUCUUCUUCUUCUUCCUUCUCAUCUCCUUUCUCUCGAUCUCGAUCCUUCUCGUUGCUAUCGAUCUCCUACCUCUGUUCUAUCGUCCUCACUGGUAACGCCAUCGUCACCAGUACCUUUCUCAGCUCAUCUCAUCUCGAUCUGCAUCAGGUGGCUUAUUAAUUAAUCACAAGUUUUAUCAAACAAGCCCAAAGACAUUAGCAAAUUGCAGCAAGGCCAAGGGAGAGAUGACAGAGCCAGAGUUCGGAUCGUGGAGGAUGACUCCGGUGAGGUCGACUCUGAUUGGAAAUGGAAUCGUGGGUCAAAGGGAUUCAUGCACGACAACCCAUCAAGAGAAUGGCAUUGUAGUGAAUGGUGAGAUUUGGAAUUCAGCAAUGCCCACAAAGUCAUUUCCUCAAGGGAAUGGAAAUGGGAAUGGUACUAGUUCUUGGACUCCAGUGACUCCAGGAAAACCAGUUCCUCAAAGAUCAAUUCCCCAAAAUCAAGUGGAAACUGAGAAUUGGGAGGAUUUGGUUGAGAUAUAUCAAGACUUGUUGAAAGAGGAAACCCUGACUUUGAAUAAAGUAGUAGCUCAAAGCCUUUAUCCCACCCCUCCACCAUCAACUGUUGGGAAUAUUGGAAAUCAACAUCAGGUUGCAAGUACACCAAAUCGGAAUUUGAACUCGACUCCCAUCCCCAACCUGAAUCAUGGUUCCUAUCAACCUUCAACCUCAUUUACAUACUUCCCCUCGGAGGACCCUGCAAAUUGGGACAGUAGUAGUCUUUUGGCGGCUAUAGUGCGCCCGAAGAAGAGCUCUGCAUCCUUAAAUAUUGCACAAAACACUAGUCUUCAUGCUUCAAAUCGAACAUCACUUCCAAAUACGUCUACUCAAGUUGGAAGCAACUCGAUCAGUGUUGGUUCCAUGGUUGGAAUCGGAAAUCAACAAUCUCACACAUUCACUUCCAACAAGCUAGGCGGUGGUUACACCUCAAAGCAAUUGCUUACAGAUGGAUUUCCGGUCCCUUUUCGACCCUGCUAUAACCUGAACUCACCACCAAGAUCAGAACCAGAUGCAGCCUCCUCUGAAAUCACAGGGCCAUUGGCAUUUGCUCCAAUUACCCCAGAUACACGGCAAAAACAUACAGACAGCCAAUGGGUACUGGCAAAAGAUAGGCAUGAGAGUCAAAGAAAUGAAGAUGGAGAUAACCAUUAUAAUGAACAGUUACAUACCAUCGGAGACUCCACAUCUUCUGCAGUUUCAACAACACAAAAGGAACAUCUAGUUUCCGAGGAGGGAGAUGAAUUGGGCAUCGAUUUAAACAAGACACCCCAGCAGAAGACACCAGCAAGAAGGAAAAAACACCGCCCGAAGGUAAUUAGAGAAGGGAAGCCUAAAAAGACUGCAACACCUAAAGAUCCCAAAAACACCCCUCCCAAUGAGACCCGGGUUAAAAGGAAGUAUGUGAGAAAAAAAGACGUGAAUGUUUCAGAAACUCCACAGAGGAACGGUGUUGAAAUAAGCCAGAAUGGGGUUCCUCGAAGCUCUGGUAAACGGAAGUAUGUGCGGAAGAAGGGUGUUGAAAACUCGGACGUACAACAGAAAACCAGGGUGGAAGAAGCUACAGCACCAGUUGUGGAGACUCCUGCCAAAUCAUGCAAGAAACAAUUGAAUUUCGAUUUGGAGAUUGUGGCAAGAGAUGGCCGACAGGAUAUUAAUUUGAAUGCCAGUCCUCGCGACAUAGAACAAGAAAGAAGAAUUAACGGCAUACUUGAGAGAUCAGCCAUGAACGUUGUACAAAACAAUAGGUAUGCCGGUGUCGGUACCCACCAAAAGAUAUCCACAAAUCAUAUGCAAGCUGGAACUCAAAACAUGGCGUUGCCUGAGCUGCUAAAUGUUCCAUCUACACCCAUGGCUAAAGCAAGGGACGUUGCUUUGAAUGUGCUUGCACAACACUUGACCAUGAAAAACCCAAUUACAGUACGAGAUGUAUGGAGAAAUGGAUAUAACCAAGUGGGUCAACAACAAGUGUCUCCAAAUCUUGAACCAAGCGGACGAAUGGUCAACUUUGAUGAAAGAAGAGGCAUCAAGAGACAGUCUUUUGAGCAGAUGGAUCCCCAUAGUCUCAAUGCCAUGGAUUCUCUCAUAAUGUACCAGAAAUUGUUGUUAGAUCGUACUGAUGCUAGUAACAAUUUGGCCAGCAUCAUCUUGGAAAGCCACAAGAAAACCAAGACCCAAAGUGACCACCUUCAAGCUUUAGUUUCCAGCACACCACCUCUUGAAGAUAACUUGAGAGGAGAAUCAAGGCAAAUCAAUGGCGUAUAUGGAAAUGCCCCUGCUUCUUUGCAAUUGCUAAAUUCUUGCACUGGAAGAGUCGAGCCGUCUUAUAAGGUGAUGAAUGCUGGUGGUGGUAAUAUUAAUGGACGCCAAUUCCAACCACCCAGGGCUGCUACACAGAAUUUACAGAAGCAUAUGGUGACAUCUGGAAUGCAACCAAUCGCAGAAAGAUUGCAAAGGCCCACUCCAGGCCAUGGAGUUAACCCUGUAACUGCAAUGAUUAGCUGGAACCGACCACCUGCAACUCCACCGAAAGAUUACUCCAGAUCUGCAUUAGUAACUUACCCUUCUCCUUUGGUAGAUAAAAAGAGGACUGCAACAUCAAAUUCAUCUAAUCGAAGGUCAAAUGGGGCUGAUCAGGUGUUUCUGCAAUUACGUAAAGAUGCUUUGGAAUUUCAACAGCAAUCCUUUAGAAAACCAAACGGUGGUCCAAGAAAACACAAAGUUGAAGUUUUGGUUGAGGAUAUUACAUUCAAGUUAGAAGGCCUCAGCAUCUAUGAUGGGAAUGACAAAAAGCAAAAUGCCCUUGUUCCAUACAAAGGUAAUAAUGCCAUCAUUCCAUUUGAGCCUAUCAAGAAACGGAAGCCACGUCCAAAGGUAGACCUUGAUCCAGAAACAGAUAGACUUUGGAGACUCUUGAUGGGUAAGGAAGGGAGCGAGGCCACGGAGACAUUGGACAAAGAUAAAGAAAAAUGGUGGGAAGACGAAAGACGAGUGUUCCGUGGCCGAGCAGACUCAUUCAUUGCCCGUAUGCAUCUUGUUCAAGGAGAUAGACGAUUCUCACGAUGGAAAGGAUCCGUUGUUGAUUCAGUGAUUGGCGUGUUCCUCACACAGAACGUUUCAGACCAUCUUUCAAGUUCGGCCUUCAUGUCUCUAGCAGCAAAAUUUUCCCCCAAGUCCACAAGCACCAAUGAAACAUGCUGCCAAGAUGGGGCAUGCAUACUGGUUGAAGAGCCAAUUGAAACAGUAUUACCAAAUGACAGCACGAAAUGUCAUGAUAAAAUAGAAAGGCAACCUGUUUUCAACCAAAGCUCCUUUGUAUCCUGUGAAUCAUCUGAGCACAUGAGACAUCAUCACAUUUCAUCAACAAAAGCUGCAGCAAUUAAGGACAACAGGACAUCAGAAGAAGUGAUUCUAUCGCAAGAUUCCCUUGAUUCUUCUACAAUUCAAACUGUUGAUGAAAUUAGAUCGAGCUCAGGAUCAAAUUCAGAAGCAGAAGAUCAAAUAACAGGAUUUGAAACCAGCAAGGAGCCUGGUCCGGCAAAUCCCAUGCAGGCAGAGAAAGUUAGCAUGUUCACAGAACUUUUCAGUCAUGAUAACCGGAGCCCAUCACUAAACGACAGGUCACAAUAUAUGCAUCAUUUACCAAAAACACCUCCGUAUAACAUGCAAAUUCCAAUAAUUGGAGGAAGCAUAUCUUCCUUGCCUUCAUCCAAGUCUGGAAUAACAGAGGCAUAUCAUACGAAAACAACAGUGCAUGCUGAAACACUAGCCAAAGCUCAAAAUGGUGCCCCGAAACAGGACUCAUGUAGUGAGGACAGAGUUUCUGCAGUGGAUAAGCAGAAUUGCAUUGAGAAUGCAGCCGCCGAAGCCAACUCAAAGGAGCAGAAUUAUGCUUCUCAUGAACCAUUAAGUGGGGCAGGCACAAAUAUCCCAAAGGUAAGAAAGGGAACAGCUGAGGAUGAAAAGAAAAAAGCUUUUGAUUGGGAUAGCUUGAGAAAAAAAGUGCUAUCAAAUGGUGAAAAAAGAGAGAGAAGCAAAGAUGCAAAAGACUCACUCGACUACGAAGCAUUGAGACGGGCGCAUGUCAAUGAGAUCUCAGAUGCUAUCAGGGAACGUGGAAUGAACAACUUGCUGGCUGAUAGAAUAAAGGAUUUUCUUGACCGACUGGUGAGAGACCAUGAAAGCAUUGACCUAGAAUGGUUGCGGGAUGUACCCCCAGACCAAGCAAAGGAUUACUUACUAAGCAUUCGAGGAUUGGGGCUGAAAAGUGUGGAGUGUGUGCGCCUAUUAACACUUCAUCAUCUUGCUUUUCCGGUCGACACAAAUGUUGGGAGGAUAGCAGUGAGACUGGGCUGGGUCCCACUCCAACCACUACCUGAAUCACUCCAACUGCAUCUCUUGGAGAUGUACCCUGUGUUGGAGUCGAUUCAGAAGUAUCUCUGGCCUAGGUUGUGCAAGCUGGAUCAAUUGACACUAUAUGAGCUACACUACCAAAUGAUCACAUUUGGAAAGGUUUUUUGCACGAAGAGUAAGCCAAACUGUAAUGCAUGCCCUAUGAGAGCAGAGUGCCGGCACUUUGCAAGUGCUUUCGCAAGUGCAAGGCUUGCCCUCCCAGGGCCCGAAGAGAAGAGAAUAGUGACUUCAGAUGCACCAAAUGGAACACAUACAAUCCCCCCUGUGAUCAUGAGGCCCAUGUCACUACCUCCAGCUGAGAACAACUACAGUAAAGAUGCACAAUUUUCUGGGAGAGAGUGUGAACCAAUCAUUGAAGAACCAACAACUCCAGAGCCAGAAAGUGCAGAAUUAACAUUAAGUGACAUUGAGGAUCAAUACUAUGAGGAUGAUGAUGAAAUACCAACUAUCAAACUUGACAUGAAUGAAUUCACAAUGAACUUACAGAAAAUGCAAGAUAGCAUGGAAGGCGAUAUGUCCAAAGCAUUGGUUGCACUGAAUCCACAAGCUGCUUCCAUACCUACACCAAAACUGAAGAAUGUUAGUCGACUGCGGACUGAGCAUCAAGUGUAUGAGCUUCCAGACUCUCAUCCAAUUUUGAAAGGGUUGGAUAAAAGAGAACCCGAUGAUCCAAGCCCCUACCUCCUUGCAAUAUGGACACCAGGUGAAACUGCAACUUCAACACAACCUCCUGAAAGAGGAUGUCAGUCCCAAGAAUCAGGCAUGUUGUGUGAUCGAACAACAUGCUUUUCAUGCAACUGCAUAAAAGAAGCAAACUCACAAGUGGUCAGAGGAACUAUUUUGAUGCCAUGUCGAACAGCAAUGCAUGGGAGCUUUCCACUCAAUGGCACAUACUUCCAAGUUAAUGAGAUGUUUGCUGAUCAUGCAUCAAGCCUGAACCCAAUUGCUGUUCCAAGAGCAUGGAUUUGGAACCUACCAAGACGAACAGUGUACUUUGGGACUUCCGUAUCAACAAUCUUCAAAGGACUGACGACUCAAGAAAUUCAACAAUGCUUUUGGAGAGGGUUUGUUUGUGUGAGAGGGUUUGAUCAGAAAACCCGGGCACCUAGACCUCUGAUGGCAAGACUGCAUUUUCCAGCAAGUAAGUUAGUCAAGACAAAGAAUGAAGCCAAAUAGGUCAGCUGUGAAAACCACCAAUCCAAGGAAAAGAGGUCAAUGACUAACAAACUGUUGUACAUUCAUCUAUCCAUCCUUUAACAUGACCCAUGGCAUGCAUUUGCAUGUAACUUAGAAGAGAGAAGUUGAGUGAUAGUGGUCUCAUCCAGAACCACCUGCCAUUAGUUGAUACAAGAUUGCUGGUAUCAUUAUUUCGUUUGCUUAUGCUCCAAAACGAGCCAUUUUUUUAUCGGUUAGCACAUUACAGAAGAAAGAAGAAAGAGGUAGUUGAGCAUUAGUUAUUUUUCAUUUUCUGAUGCUAGUAUGUAUUUUCGAACAGCCUUGAAAUAAUAUGAUCCAUCAGAAGCCAUUGCUUCAAACAUUAGUCAGCGUAUACAUGUUUUAGUUCAUGGAUUUUCUUCAAGAAAACGACGGGGAAUCUUCAUAAAUGGUUCGGAUAAUUUCUUCUUUCUGCUGGUGUAUAAUAUGUUCAUAUUUUGUCCCAUUUCUAAAUGCAAACAUAACAAAGACUAUUCUACUGAGAUACACCUUUUAAAGGUAAAGAGAUAUUUACACCUUUGUAAGAUAUGGUGAUGGUGUUAUGCAUUACACGAACAAAUUGGGAUCCAUCACCUGUAAGUGGGGUAAAUUCUAUUCCAGAAUAAUAUUGCUACAUUGAUUGACAAUGCAGUAAAGCUUUGAUUUACUUUGGACUUGUCAAAAUCUGAGAAAUAGGACAAACAGUCUAAUUUGACAUAUGUGAAUUGUGAUGGUGUCUAGUCUACACUGUUAUACUGAUUUGUAAAGUGGAGCAUAUGUUCUAUUUCGCCCUGCACUUUUCAAUUUAAUGAAAGGAAUAACUUAAUGUGACAUAUUGGUGGUUGAAUUAGGGAACAACUAGUUUUUCUCCUACCAUAUGGCUUAAAAGGUCUUAGUUUCAAAUUCCAAGGUACCAUCAAUUUCAUGUAGUCAUGUUCAUAGAUCAGAAAGCCUAAAGUCCAAAAUCAUGUGGACCAGACGUUUUAUAUACAUUAGUUGGAUAAUAUUAUUAGAUACAUAACAAAAACAAAACCAAAAAGUUUUCUAAAGCUAGUUUUUCUCCUAUUAUUCUUGUAACUUAUGUGGUCCAAGGAUGCUGACCAGUUUGAGCCUACAUCUCCUACAAACCCAUGCAGCAUCAGGGACAAAGUAGUAAGAAAAACUAUACUUCACACACACAAAAAAAACAAUUGGAACCAAAUCAUGAAAAUUCAAAUACUAAAAAAGACCAUGGUAUUUAAAAUACUUUCAAAAUGGUCCUAUAGCAAAAAUGUCUGUGCAAUAUAAGAUAAUAUUCAUCACCACUUAAGAGACAAAUACGAGAUGGAAGCUAAUUCUUUAUUAAUCAUCCCAUACCCUUUUGUCUACCCAUCCCCAUGCCGCCCCAACUACUUCUAAGUAUAAGCCCAUACUCGUUUUUUGUUUAAACAAUAUAUAUACAUAUAUAACACAUAUAAAUCAUACAUGUAUACUUGUGUAG